ACCUUCCACCAGCACCAUUCUCUUUACCUCUCUCUCUCUCUUUUCCCUUGGAGAUUGGAGCUGAAACCAUGAGGCAAAGUUCUUUUUCUCCUCUCCUCCUCUUCCUCUUCCUUUUUCUCUUCUCCUAUUCAACAGUAGCUGCUCGUCUCCCAACGGAAAAACAAGAUGAAGGGAUGGUAAAGGUUGAUAAGCUUCUUCAGAGUGGUCCUUUGAGAACUGAAGAAAUGGACGAUUCAUGGAGUUGGCUGAUGGGGAUGGAGGAUUGUGGAAAUGGAGAUGAAGAAUGCUUGAAGAGGAGGAUGGUUGCAGAAGCCCACUUGGACUACAUUUACACCCAACAUCAUAAACCUUAGGCUGUUUCAAAGCAAGAAUUGAAAUUACAAUUACUGUCAUGUCUCCCUCUAGUCUGUCUCCUCUAGACUUUCAGUAAACCCUAGAAUGAGUUUCAAGAGCUUGUAAGGAACCAGAGUUCUUCUCCUUCACAAUAUUCUCUAAGCACCAAACUAUGAUGUGGAGAUAAUAAGUGUUUGAUUGUAUUCCUCUUAUGUGCUGAUAAUAAUAUAGAAGGAAACAACUAAAUAGAUUGUUUUACUAGUCUGGAAUAUAAGAGAUUGUUCUUUUGUGAUC